AUGGCCUUGUCAUGGGUUCGUCCGAGCGGUCGGAUCUCCUUCUACCAUGCCAAGGACAAUAAUCUCCUCUUGACAAAGGUCGAUGAAUCAGGUGCAAAGGAACAGACGUCACUUGUGAAUAUUUGUCGUGCCGCUACUCCAGACACCUGUCAUCUCAACCCGUUACUUUUCAACGGGCACCUGCAAACAUUCUGGACCGCAACGAAAUCUGGUGAUAAUGUUCCGGUUUACUAUAAGCGGAAAAUUUUCCAGGCGGACAGUGCCAUGUUCACGGGACAAUAUGCUGUCGACUUUGCAGUGAAGCCCUAUGACAUGCCACCCGAGGGGGAGUUGACAGACCAGGCAAGAAAGUAUACCCAACCAGCUGGUCUGCCAGAUCGUACAUCUCUCUUUUCACAGGAGGAACUUGCAAGUCUCCCGUCGGACGACUCGAAGCCUAUGCUUGUGGUUUUGCAUGGUCUGAGCGGUGGUUCGCAUGAAUUGUACCUGCGGCAUGUUCUGGCUCCCCUCAUUGCGGAUGGUACCUGGGAGGCUUGUGUGGUGAACUCGCGGGGCUGUGCACAGAGUAAGAUUAGUACGGGUGUGCUUUAUAAUGCUCGAGCCACGUGGGAUACUCGUCAGACCGUGAAAUGGCUUCGAGAGACAUUCCCUAAUCGCCCGCUUUUUGCUAUCGGAUUCUCCCUUGGAGCUAAUAUUCUUGCUAACUAUCUCGGAGAGGAAGGUGAUACUUGUCAAAUCAAGGGAGCUGUUCUCUGCGCGAGUCCCUGGAACUUGGAUGUCAGUCACUUCACUCUGAACCAGACCUGGGUUGGCCGGGAAAUUUAUAGCAAGACUCUGGGAACAAACAUGAAGGCUCUCUUCGAAAGGCAUGUGGAUGAAAUCUCAAAGAACCCCCGAGUUGAUAUUGAAGCAGUGAGAAAGAUCACUUACCUACACGAAUUCGAUCGCGCUAUUCAAUGCCCCACAUGGGGCUAUCCGACUGAGGGUGCAUACUAUCGUGAUGCCUCUUCCUCUGAUGUGAUGUUGGGAAUCCGUAUUCCGUUCCUCUGUGUCCAGGCUGAGGAUGAUCCUAUUGCUUCACGCGAGGCGUUGCCAUUCCAGGAAAUGACACAAACACCAUAUGGAGUCAUGGUGACUACCUCCUGGGGUGGCCAUCUAGGCUGGUAUGAGGUGGGCGGUGGUCGCUGGUUUGCGAAGCCAGUGAACAACUGGUUGAACAUAAUGGCAAAGGAAAUUGAUACCCAGAUCCCCGGCGUGGUCGAGAACCCUGACAAGCUACCAGGUCAAAUUGCCCAUCACUCUGACCAGGGUAAAGAUGCAGACUUGGCUCCAAAGCCUGACUUCACUCCCACUCGUCGCAAGCUGAACAUGAACCUACCACAGUAA